AUGGGAGCUAUGCCGGUGGGCGAUCUGGCGUGGUGGCUGGGCCUGCUGUUCGGCGCCGCCCCGCUGCUCUGCCUCGCCGCGUACCACGCCGCCGACGCCUGGUACCGCGCCGCCUUCUUCCUCGCUCACGGCAAGAAGCGCCUCCCGCCGGGCCACAUGGGCAUCCCCUUCCUCGGCGAGACGCUCUCCCUGCUCUGGUACUUCAAGCACGCCCGCCGCCCCGACGCCUUCAUCUCCGCCAAGAAGCUCGCCUACUCCUCCUCCGGCCAUGGCGGCGACGGCGGCGACGGGAUCGGGAUGUACCGGACCCACCUCUUCGGCUCCCCGUCCGUGAUCGCCUGCUCGCCGGCCGCCAACAAGUUCGUGUUCCAGUCGCCGGACAGCUUCGGGAUCCGGUGGCCCGUGCCGGAGCUCGUGGGCGUGUCGUCCGUCGUUAAUGUCGAGGGCGGCGCCCAUGCCAGGCUCAGGGGGUUCAUCAUCGCCGCGAUUAACCGGCCCAGCUCGCUCCGGACCAUCGCCGCCGUCGUCCAGCCCCGCGUCGUGGCGGCGCUCGAGGCAUGGGCCGCCAAGGGCUCCAUCGUCGCCGCCGCCGAGGUCAAGAAAGUGACGUUCGCCAACAUCUGCAAGAUGUUCGUGAGCAUGGAGCCGUCGCCGCUGACGGCGCAGAUCGACAACUGGUUCGGCGGCCUCGUCGCCGGGCUCCGAGCUUUCCCGCUGGACUUCCCCGGCACCGCCUUCCACCGCGCCCGCAAGUGCCGCCGCAACCUCAACGCCGUCUUCCGGGCCGAGCUCGACUCCCGCAAGAAGGCGGCGGCCAUUAAAACAAAGGAAGAAGAAGAGAAGGAGCUCGAGAGCUGCGACGUGAUGGGCGGGCUGAUGCAGAUGAAGGACGAGCAAGGCAACAAGCUAAGCGACGACGAAGUGGUCGACAACAUCGUGUCCCUGGUCGUCGCCGGCUACGAGUCGACGGCGAGCGCCAUUACUUGGGCUGCAUACCACCUGGCCAAGUGCCCGGCGGCGCUCGCCAGGCUCCGCGAGGAGAAUCUGGCCAUGGCGGCCGAGCUUGGCAAUGGCAAGUUCAUCACGCACGAGGACAUUCCCAGGCUCAAGUACACGGCGAAAGUGGUGGAGGAGACGAUCCGGAUGGCCAACAUCGCGCCCAUGGUGCACCGGGUGGCGCGCAAGGAUGUCGAGUACAGGGGGUGUACUAUUCCGGCAGGCUGGUCGGUGCUCGUCUGGGUUAGGUCUCUGCACACUGAUCCGGAGAAUUAUCUUGAUCCCCUCGUCUUCAACCCCGACCGCUGGGAUGAGCCGGCGAAGCCAGGGACGUACCAGGUGUUUGGAGGAGGGUACAGGAUCUGUGCCGGUAACAUGCUGGCAAGGCUGCAGCUCACCAUCAUGCUGCAUCACCUCUCCACUGGCUACGAGUGGGAGCUGCUGACCCCUGAGGCGGAGAUCGACUACCUGCCGCACCCGAGGCCGGCGGACGGCGCCGCCAUGCUCUUCCGUAAGCUCGCUAAGAAAGCUAAUUAGUCAGUGAUCGCAUGUGCAUGCAUUGUGCGAUCAAAUAAAAUUGUUAGUUUUAAUUUGCUGCUUCAGUCGGACCAAAAUCUGUAGGGCAACCUGUAGUAGUAAGUAAAGUACUUCCUCCGAUCCUAAAUUGUUGUUGAAAUAUUACAUGUAUCUAAAUGCUUUUUAAGAAUAGAUACAUCCAUAUUUAGGCAAAUUUGAGUCAACAAUUUAGGAUCAGAGGGAGUACUAUCCAGAAGCAAGCAAGAGUUUUUACCUCUGCUUACUGUUGUUAUGAUGUAACUCUGUGUUGGAAUUUUAAGUGAUGGAUUCAUAUUCGAGGUGAUGAUGAUAA